CUGCCCUUUACACUUUCCUACCGCUGCUCGAUAUCCUCCACGCUCAUCUGCCGUCUACAGUAGUACUUGGCUACUCUGUCUACGUGCCCACGGAAGCAUCUCCGACACUCCCCGCCCGCUGAAAAUUGUCCAUGUCCUCCGUUCCUCCUGACCGUCUUCGUGCCCGUUCUUUCCUCAGAUGGGCGACGUUCUCGACGUAAGAAAAGAGAACGUGUGCCGCGGGUCCUCGCCGGAAGUCCUUUGCGCCUACCGCAAGCGCGUGAGAAACCGGCUGAACGGCGAGCGCCGUCGGCAGCGCAUGGCGAGGGGGCUCCCUUCAAGAAAGCCACCACGCAUUAGCGCCAUCACCUCCCGCGCAGACUUUCCCUCGGCCGCUGCCAAGAAGAAAGCGCAACAAGCCGGCGGAGAAACGGCUACCGACGACAACGACAACAAUCAUGGUGCCAGCAACGAGCGGGGUGGUGGUUGUCGCGGCGGUGGUGGUGGUGUCAGUCUGAUACAAGACGAGCUCGGGCGAGAGCCGUACCUAAUGCUCGUGAGGGCUAGGAGCAGAUCUUCUCUGGAACAAGAGCUAUCUUCGCGUGGUGGGGGGAGCAACAAGAAAUCCGUUGCCUCCACAAAUAUUAGCGCCCGGUUUUGCUCGGAUUGUGUCGGUGGUUGUAAGGGGACGUGCUCACCCGAUGGUGCGAGGAGUGGUCGUUCUCGCAGCUGCAGCACCGGAAUUGUCGCUGAGGGGCUGGCAGGGUGA